GACUAUAUUCCUGAGUAUCUGCAACGUGAUACUCAGCUAAACCUUCGGAAGGCCAUGACAAGAAAUCUUUCGGAAAGGUCCAAGAUACCAGGCUAUGUAUAUGCGCUGAACGUGUUCGACCCCGAGAAUGAGGGGAAGCUCUCGUUGAAGAUUGGGUAUAGCAAAGAUGUCAAGAAACGCCACGCAGAAUGGAAGAACAAGUGUCGUUCUUCCAUAAAAGAUGUUCGCGGGUGGUGGCCUCAGACCAUAAUCGAAGCUAAAGAUGAUGACGAGUUGGCGAUACAGAAGCUCAUUAGAGAUAAUCGCCAGGGCGACAAGGGUCCGAUGGCUGAACACCUCGAACGGUUGGUGCAUAUCGAGCUCAAGGAUCUGGCAACACAUGCUGCUUAUCUGCAUCCCGAUUUUCCUGACGUCCACUUUUCGGAUAUCCCACGCCAGCCAAAGGUUGAUCUUAAGCCCUGCCGUGACUGUAAUGGGACCAAACACAAGGAAGUGUUCUCAUUCACGCGCGUCAAGGAAGGUGAAUUCUUUGGGAGGGAAUGGGAAGAUAUCGUUAAACCUGUGAUAAGGAAGUGGGGAUUAUUCCUCAAGACAUAUUUUGCUCAAGGUGGUGCAUGAGUUUUUCAAAUGACUCUUCGACUCAACUUGGACUUUAAGGAUUCCGCUUUAUAUCUAACCUAUUGCGGCGCUGCGUGGACACUGUUCGUGAUGUAUUUUGAUCAUGCUCUAUCCUGCUUCAAGUUUAUCGUGCUUUGUGGACAUUUAUUGGACUCCGGAUCCUAUGUUGUACACUGGCCUGUAAUUUAGCAUACUGACUUGUAGCAUUGUAGGAGUAAGUACGAAUUCGAGAUCAUGUG